UUGCUCAGUGGAAAAGCAGACAAGAAUUUGGUUGUAAAAGAAGUCGAAGGUGUAAAUCAGGUUGUUCCAAACGAGAACAACUCAGAAAGGAUCACAGAUGAAAUCGAGGUAUACCCAGAUCCACAUAACUACCGCCGAUUCUUCUCUACAAUCACUCCUUUCAUCAAUGCCGGAAUUCCAAUCCCAGAUUUCUUGAAGACACCUGUUUAUUACCUGAUGUACUUGCAGUCUGUUACGACAAAGCCUCCGAAAGAGCUCUUUGAAGAGAUUUUGGACUUCUCUUUCAAAUCAAAUUCAAAAAGAUUGGCUUUAGAAGUCUGCAGAGUGGCCAGAUCAUGCAAAUACACACUCGACAUCUCCAAAUAUGUCGAUCUCCCACUUGCUGAUCAGAUUCUCAGUGCGUUUUUGAUGGUGAUUCCAAGAGGAUUUGCAAAUAAUCCAGAAGUUGUGCAGAAAUACGUCAAGAGGAACACUCCAGACAACUUCCUUGAAUACUGCUUCCUACAGUCAGAAGGAGCAAGAAGAAAAGCAACGGCUUUGGUCAGAUUUGAUCCAAGUCACAUCUUAUCUUUGUUUGAGAAGCUGAAUAAGAUCAACAAAGAGCAUAUCUACCUCAUGAUGAACCUUGUUAACAAGAUUUCUUUCAAAGGAGAUGAAAUCUUUUCCACAAUUUUCAGAAUUGUCUCUGCAUCUCGCAAAUCCAGAAAGAAACGAUACCUUUCUUUGAGGCUUCUCUCGAUUUUCCUCAAGAAAUACGGAAAACAAAGCUUAGCAUCCCUUCCUGCCGCCUUAGAAAUCGUUAAAAACACUUUGGAUGAAGCAGAACAAUCAAAAAGUGACAAAAACGAAAAAAGUGACACCCCAGAUCAUCAAAGAGACAUUUCCAAGGAAAAUCAAUCCGUCAUUUUGAGUGAAUUAUGUUUAGUUAUGACAAUUCUCUCAUUUUUGUCCUUCGACAAACCGAUUUCUCAAAGAUUAAGUCAAUUAGUGCCAAUUACAUCUCCUAUGGGCGCUUUCUUAUCUUUGACUUAUUCCAGUGUCACAGCCUACAAAGUCUGGGACCAUCUCGACUAUAUUUUGUCGAGUCCUCUCUCGAGUAUCAGAAUUUUACCUUUCAACAUUGCGAAUGACAUCUUGAGGAGCAACCAUCCUUCAGAUAUAUCCGAUGACGUCAUCAAAAAGCUCCUUACUGUCCAGCCAUUCGUUAAAACUCCGAGUAGAGAAAUGGCAAUCACAACUUUCUGCGAAAACUUGACUCGCCAUGUCCUUCAAGCCUCAAAGAACCCAGAAGGACCAGCGGCCAAUGGCUCCGGAACAGUUACUUCGAUGAAUCUCCGUUAUGUUUCUCAUAAUUCCUUCAAAUUAAUAAAAAGAGAGGCCAACAUGAGUCCUUCUGCGGAUAUCUCGCCAAUGCUGGGCAGGUUCUUCAAGAAUAUCGCAAUGGUUGUGAAUUCCAACUCUUCAAAACUCGAUACAAUUUUGCAUUACGCUGAAUCAUUGUUUUCCUUUGAUUUUGUUGAUACGUAUGCAAUAGAACUGUUUGUACAAACGAGUACUAAAGUUGAUAACACAAAAACAAGCAGCGAAUCAAUGAAAAAUUUCGUUGAAAAAUACGGAAAAUUCAUUGUUUCGCAGAUCUCAGCAACAAUUGCAUAUUCACAAGGAAAAGACUAUGAUUUGGACUUCUACUCCAAGUGUUUGAGGUACCAGUCUUUCUUCCUCGUCACUGCUUUCAUCUGCAAAAUCAAUAAUUUGGACAUUGAAAAAUUUUUGUCUGACAAAGUUGUUUCUGGUCUAGAUUUGACUGAUAUGCAUAAGAGAGUGUUGAAAAUGGCAAGAAAGAAAGAGACAAAGGCUGCUGCAACGAUUCCUGCAUUCUAUAACAAAGAUGACUUCGAUUUCGAACUUCUUCAGAAUGUUUUCGGAAUUUUCCUCGAAAAAGGAAAUGAAGAAAAAGAAAAAGGAGAAGAAACUAUUUCUGUGAAAGAAAGAGCAAUCGAACUCCCUGAAGUAGAAAACAUCGAACCAGCAAACGAAAGCAAAGAAGAAGAAAAUUCUGAAGAAGAAAUCGAAGAAAACAAAGAAACAGUUGAAGAAAACAAAGAAGAAAUUGAAGAAAACAAAGAAGAAAUUGAAGAAAACAAAGAAGAAAUUGAAGAAAACAAAGAAGAAAUUGAAGAAAACAAAAAGAAAUUGAAGAAAACAAAGAAGAAAUUGAAGAAAACAAAGAAGAAUUGA